GCGCAUGCUAAUAGUAGGCUAAUGAUCAUGCGCAAAAGUGCGGUUAUUGUGGACUCACAUGAAACGCAUCUGAGUGGAUUUAAUCACUAUCAGAGAGCGCUUGGCCACACACAGUGCACCUGGCAACUGGUAUAAUAAUACGUUACUCAUUAAAAAUGAAUGCCAGUUGAAAAUAGAGACUGCCAAGCAGUUUUGAUAAAUCACUUUAUGACUGCGUAAUUUCGGUCCUGUCAUGGGUUUCUGAGAUUUCCAAGCAGCGGUACGCUACAAAACAAUCCCCGAGUGUGGAUCGUAUGUGGAUGUGUUUCGCUGCUGCGCAGUAGAACACGCAGCAUUGAUCCGCCUGAGCCAAUGUUGUGGAUGCACGCACUGGCAUAGAAGGAUCGCUACUCUGAAAUCCGAUGAAGGAGACUACUCCGCCUGUGGCCCAUCAUCGGCAUCUCUUGGCCACUGGGCUUGCAAUAAACAUUCCGAGGCUGCCUUUGACACCAAAGAAUCAUCAUUAUAUUUUUUAAGAACGCUGUCGUCAUUGACCAGAGACGACCAAGACCAACCACUACGCAUUCCGAUUUGUUAAUGCCCGCUUGUAGGCUACCUGCAACUGUCAUCUUCUAUUUCCGCUGUCAAUAGCUUUCAUCCAGCAUCUCUUUUGACCAUCGGUUACCCAGACCGAGACUCAAGAAUGCACUUCAAUGCAGUGUUGCUGGCGGUGGUCCUUUUUGGAAACUUAAUGCUGCAGUACGCCUCAGCUCAAAACGCUGGGUUUGUGAAGUCGCCCAUGUCUGAGACGAAGCUGACAGGGGACACGUUUGAGCUGUACUGCGACGUGGUGGGCAACCCCACGCCGGAGAUCCAGUGGUGGUACGCCGAGGUCAACCGCGCCGACUCCUUCAAGCAGCUGUGGGACGGCGCGCGCAAGCGCCGCGUCUCCAUCAACACGGCGUACGGCAGCAACGGCGUGAGCGUCCUGGGCAUCACGCAGCUCAAGCUGGAGGACUCCGGGACCUACGAGUGUCGGGCCAGCAACGACCCGCGCCGUAACGACCUGCGGCAGAACCCGGCCCAGACAUGGAUCCGCGCCCAAGCCACCAUAACCGUCCUGCAGAAGCCCCGGAUCAAUUCCUCUGACCAGGUGAUCCUCCCCACGCCACCCGAGAUGUCUCACGGGAUGCCGCCCCCCCCCCUCCCGCCCGUCAUCCUGCAGUGCAACCUGACCACGGCACACAACGCCCACCACCAGAGCUUCUGGAUGAAGAACGGAGAGGAGAUCGAUAACACCAGGAAGGAGACGACCAACACGGAACACAAGCUGAAGAAACCCCGAGCUGAGGAUGCAGGGGAGUACAUGUGUGUUUACACCUUUGAGAUGGCCCCCAACGCCAACGCCACCAUCGAAGUCAAAGCUGCCCCUCUCAUCACUGGCCACAAGCGCAGCGAGAACAAGAAGGAGGGAGAGAACGCCAUGCUCUACUGCAAGUCUGUGGGCUUCCCUUUCCCCGUGUGGAUCUGGAGGAAAAAGGUCGCCGAUACCUGGGUGAACAUUGACAACUCGUCCGGCCGCUUCUUCGUCACGUCCAGAAACAGCUACACGGAGCUCAACGUCAUCAACCUGGACAUCGCCACAGACCCCGGCCAAUACCAGUGCAACGCCUCCAACAUCAUCGGGCACAAGUCCUCGCCAUCUGUCCUGCGGGUCCGCAGCCACCUGGCCCCGCUCUGGCCCUUCCUGGGGGUGCUCGCCGAGAUCCUCAUCCUGGUCGUCAUCAUCGUCGUUUACGAGAAACGCAAGAAGCCUGACGAGGUGCCUGAUGAUGAUGAACCAGUUGGACCAAUGAAGAAUUCCACAAACAACCACAAAGACAAAAAAGUGAGACAAAGGAACACAAACUGAGCUGACAGACCAAUCCUGAGAUGAGUGACUGCAUAUCGUGACCAUGUGAAGGUAUCUGGGAGGAGGACGUCCUGGUGGUUUUUAAUGAAGCACAUCUCGUUCGGAGAAAACAAACUACUAACUACAAAAAAAAAAAGAAGCGAGAGAAAACAAAAACAGCACAACACUGGCAGAAAAGAACUCCAUGACUGUCUUAAGCAUGCCUUAUUCAGUCUUUUGUCAACAGAUACGUGGACCCAGGUGACUCAAAUCCUUUUGGAAAAGGUGUACACAUUGUUUUUUCUGUUUUCUCUUUCUCCCAUGUGCUAUCGAUGUUGCUCGUGAUUAUUUUUAUCAUUUCAUCAGACUUACGGUGAUCCGUAUUUAGUCCCCCUACCCCCCCCCUCGUUUUCUUAUCUACAUAUCGUCUCAAAUGCAUGCAAUAUCAGAGAGGUGUUCAGAGUUCACAUAUUUUUCAUUUCUAUGCUUUCUUCUCUGUGUGUUUUGCAUCCGAGUAAAGGGUUUAUGCUUUUCUAAUGAAAAUUUCCAAAUGGGGAAAUAAAAAUAUAGAAAAAUUAAUAAUAUAGAAAUUAUAUGUGCAGUUUAUCUUUGAAUGAUAUAUGAGAUAUAUGAGAAAUAUUAUAUAAUAUGGAUGUGUGUGAGUGUAAAGAGAUCAUUUUAAUCAGUUGGAAUGCACAGGCCCGGCAGGAGAGGUCAGAACAGUAUUUAACCAUGUACGUGAUAGAGAAAAUGCCGGUUAAAUGUUACAUAUUUUUUUUCUCUUGAGUAGAUGUCGUAUAUAUAUGUUGCGCUGUAAGUGUUCCAAUAUUAUAUAGCAUAUCUGUAAAAAAAAAAAACUAAAUCAAAUAUCAUUUUAUAUUUCUCAAUGUAAUCCAUCCGAUUUUUAUUUUUUAGUCAACGAAGCAUUCUUGUACAGCAUGGCCAUAACCCUAUGCAAUAUAUAUUUGAGAUAGAUCUACUGACAAUACGAUGGACCAUUGGGGAGUUUGGGUGGGGUAUUGGAGGCUGUUGGGGUACCAGAGCUUUAUUGCAGGGGUGGGAGGGAUGGGGGAGGGAGUGUCAUUGAAAAGGUGGUACAGUGCAAUACACAGAGUGGUAGCUGCAUGGCUAAGUAUAAGAUGUGCGUGUGUGUGUGUGUGUGUGUGUGUGUACGUGUGAAAGUCAGACUGCCAAUGGACCUAUGUGAUGGCUAGGACUGGGUGGUGCUAACAGUAUCGAGCCACUGGAUUAAUAUGUGCGACCAAUCUUUUCUUUUUUUUGUUUGUUUGUUUUUGUUUUCGGAAUAAAAGUUCCAAAAUAAGACCAAA